AAUGCACGCACGCGAUGCAAAGAUCUGCUACCCUCAGCAGGAUAAAGUAUUCAGUACUCGCUCGUAGGCAACAUGGCGGGGCGGGAUGCGGUCGUCGCGAGCAAGCCCCGGCUGAACUCCGGACAGCUAGUCCCGCACAUCGUCAGAUGCCGACAAGAUUAUCGGCUUCGUAAGCGUCGCGUUCGUGAGCCAUAUUUAUCGAACAUCCAACAUGAGCACAUUAGCCGAUCUUGAGCAGCAGCUUCGUGAGAGCCAAGACGAUCUUCAGUCUUGUCGAGAAGCACUCGCCGAGGACCCGGAAGAUGCGACGGUGUUGGAGCUGAUCCAGGCCCUCGAUAUUCAAAUCGCACAAUUCAAACGCGACAUUGCCGCUUUAUCUUCUGUUUCUCCUGCUGCAGCGACACCGCCUCCACCUCCACCACAGCAACAUCAUCAAAGCAGAUCUGCCGCCGAUGUAUUGCCGCCGCCUCCACCACCUCCGCCAGGCGCAAGUCUGGACGAGCCGCCGCCUCCACCAGCUGAGGUCACGUCGAUCAGCUUCAAUGUUGGAGACGUCGUCCUAGCGAAGUUCUCCCAGGACAAGCAAUAUUAUCAGGCGAAAAUUAUCAGCAAGACUGGAAGUUCUGCCGAUCCUGUAUACUUCGUACACUUCAUUGGCUAUCCGGAUAAGGAGAAUAAACGGAGCCACGAAGUCAGACCAGUUGAGAACAAGAAACGCAAGAACGAUGGGACACCUGCUGCCACCACGCCUUCAGUUCGGGUCCCAUCGGUACCUGUGCAGAACGGCGCUGUCAUAUCAGCCGGACCAUCCCUGGAACCACCACAGCCAGCGAGGCACGUGCCCAGCAUGGUCAGCGAUGGACCGACGCGAAUGGCGCCCGAGCCGAAGAAGCUGAAGCCGAACAAAAAGUUGGAGAAGGCAGCAAGCAGCUGGCAGAAUUUCCGGAAGACUGGUCCGAAAAACCCUGUCUCGGGAUUGAGCAAACAGCAACUGAACAGGGAUAGCAUGUUCCGCACUUCGGAUCUGCCUAGUGCAAAAGGUGGGUUAUCAAAGCAUGAAAGACUGAUAAAACAAGAAAGUCGUGUACGUUGACUGACUGAUUUCUCCUAGUCGGAUUCAUGGGUUCCGGCAAGCCGAUGCAGAAAGAUGCCAUGCCCACGUCA